CCGAGCAAGAGGUUGAGCUUGCUGCAUUGCAGCCGCCGCGGCGCCGCUCGGCUCCUCACUCCCAACAAUGGCGGCUUCGAGCCCGAGCGGCGGCGGCGGCUCCGGGGGUGGCAGCGGCAGCGGCACCCCGGGCCCCGUAGGGUCCCCGGCGCCGGGCCACCCGGCCGUCAGCAGCAUGCAGGGCUUUCAGAUAAACUUCUGUGAAAAGGCACAAAGUAAACGCAAAGCACUGAAGUUGAAUUUUGCAAAUCCACCUUUCAAAUCUACAGCAAGGUUUACUCUGAAUCCCAAUCCUACAGGAGUUCAAAACCCACACAUAGAGAGACUGAGAACACACAGCAUUGAGUCAUCAGGAAAACUGAAGAUCUCCCCCGAGCAACACUGGGAUUUCACUGCAGAGGACUUGAAAGACCUUGGAGAAAUUGGACGAGGAGCUUAUGGUUCUGUCAACAAAAUGGUCCACAAACCAAGUGGACAAAUAAUGGCAGUUAAAAGAAUUCGGUCAACAGUGGAUGAAAAAGAACAAAAACAACUUCUUAUGGAUUUGGAUGUAGUAAUGCGGAGUAGUGAUUGCCCAUACAUUGUUCAGUUUUAUGGUGCACUCUUCAGAGAGGGUGACUGUUGGAUCUGUAUGGAACUCAUGUCUACCUCGUUUGAUAAGUUUUACAAAUAUGUAUAUAGUGUAUUAGAUGAUGUUAUUCCAGAAGAAAUUUUAGGCAAAAUCACUUUAGCAACUGUGAAAGCACUAAACCACUUAAAAGAAAACUUGAAAAUUAUUCACAGAGAUAUCAAACCUUCCAAUAUCCUUCUGGACAGAAGUGGAAACAUUAAACUCUGUGACUUUGGCAUCAGCGGACAGCUUGUGGACUCCAUUGCCAAGACAAGAGAUGCUGGGUGCAGGCCAUACAUGGCACCUGAAAGAAUAGACCCAAGUGCAUCACGACAAGGAUAUGAUGUCCGCUCUGAUGUCUGGAGCUUGGGGAUCACAUUGUACGAGUUGGCCACAGGCCGAUUUCCUUAUCCAAAGUGGAAUAGUGUAUUUGAUCAGCUAACACAAGUCGUGAAAGGAGACCCUCCACAGCUGAGUAAUUCGGAGGAAAGGGAAUUCUCCCCGAGUUUCAUCAACUUUGUCAACUUGUGCCUUACAAAGGAUGAAUCCAAAAGGCCAAAGUAUAAAGAACUUCUGAAACAUCCCUUUAUUUUAAUGUAUGAAGAACGUACCGUAGAGGUUGCAAGCUAUGUUUGUAAAAUCCUGGAUCAAAUGCCAGCUACUCCCAGCUCUCCCAUGUAUGUCGAUUGAUACCGCUGCUAAGUCAGACUCAAGAAAAAAGGGCUGAGAGGAAGCAAGACAUAAAGAAUUUUAACCCUGUAUCACAGUGUUUUUAUUGCUCGCCCAGACACCAUGUGCAAUAAGAUUGGUGUUCGUUUCCAUCAUGUCUGUAUACUCCUGUCACCUAGAACGUGCAUCCCCGAAACACCCGAUUGGUCAUACAGUGUUAGUGCUGGUCAGAGAGACCUCAUCCUGCUCUUUCCUGAUGAACAUGUUCAUGAAAUGUGGAAGUCAGUAUGAUCAACUUGUUGACUGUGAUUAGAUCACAUCUUAAAUUCAUUUCUAGACCCAAAACCUGGAGACGCAGCUACUGGAGUGGUAUUUUGCCAGACUUCCAAAUACUGGAAGAAUGCAGGGAUGGAUGUACUAUGUCUGAACAGAGAGACUCGGGCUGGCGUGAGAAGAGCUUGCACAGCCGAUGAGACACGUUGCCUUCUAGAGCUGGGAGACAAGGAGGAAUUUACUUUCUUCACCAAGUGCAAUAGAUUUACUGAUUUGACUUCUGUUGCUUUACAGUCACAGUCGAUGUUUGGGGAUCGAUGUGCUCAGCCAAAUUCCUGUUUGAAAUAUCAUAUUAAAUUAGAAUGAAUUUACCUUUACCAAAAAUCAUGUUGCAUUCAAAGAGGUGAACAUUAAAAUAUUGAGACAGGACAGAAUGUGUGUUCUCCUUUACCAGUCCUUCAACUCUCCACUGGGAAGACUCAGGAGUCUGCCACUUGUCAAAGAAGGUGCUGAUCCUAAGAAUUUUCACUCAGAGUUUGGUGUGCCGCCAACUUGAUGUUCCGCCUGCCACAAACCACCAGGACUGAAAGAAAAAAAAUAGUACAGAGGGCAAAGUUUACAGAUGUUUUUAAUUCUAGUAUCUUAUCCGAAGCAACUUGUAGCAGCUGUGUAUUUCCCCUCCGUCCCGAGGCUACUGCCUUUGCCAUCAUAACUUACCACCAGGGAGAAGGAGCUAGUAGCAAUGUGCCUUGACUGAUUAGAUAAAGAUUUCUUGUAGGCAGCAAAAGACCAAAUGUCAGUUGUUUGCCAUCACUGGUCCAGGUCUUCAGUUUUGGAAUCUCUUUCCCUGCCUGUGUAGUCUGUUGCCACUAUGUGACUUUUGCUUAAUCUAAUUAUUUCACCAUUUUUUCUCUGUAUCAAAAACCUUUAUAAUUACCAGGGAUGUUCCCUACCAAGGAUUUCCAGCCCCACAUCUCUCAGAGGCUUUAAUGUUUAAAAGGCUGAAAAACGUGGGGCUCAGCUAAUGUGAUAGGUGAUGAGGAAGAAGCAUCUUUCUGGAAACACAUGUGACCCAAUGAGGAUCUGAAAUGGCAGAUUUUUAGAUAAGCUCAUCGGCUGUGAGAAAUCUCUAGCAGGUCACCAUCAUUUCUUGGAAUUGGAAUUCUACAAAAAUACCCCCAAACCCAAAACAAUUCCAGAGCAGAUUUAGAGGCCAUUUAAACCUGCUGUCUUUGCUGUGCUUCCUCACUCACCCAUCAGCCAGGGCCUCCUGUGGCUGUGCUCUGUCUGGCCCUGGGCCCUGGAACACCAGGCUUUGCCAGCAGCACUGUGAGCGGCUCAGGCACACUGGAAAGUGAGGCAGCUGUGGUCUGAGAGGCAGGUGGCACCAUGACAGAACUGCACGGUGGCAGGGGUGGCUGUGUCUCCUCCAGAGUGACAGUCAUAAACACUAUAAAACAAUAAGGGAGAAUGGUGCUGUUUUAAAGUCACAUCCCUGUAAAUUUCAGAGUUCAAAAAUGAUUGAUCACUUUGGUCCACUUGCCUAAUUUUCCUAUUUUCUCCCCCACGGCAUCCUAAACCUCAGACUUCCCAGUGUUCUGAAAGGAAGCCUUGUUAGGUGUCUUCCUUCAACCACACCAAGCCAUCCUCCUCCAUAUCUCCCGAGGACUCGAGGAAUUGGUUUCUCUGCUGUCCGUUCCUGUCUAGCUCAGCAUAGUGUCGCUUCGCCAUUAUACAAAUGGAGAUGAAAGCAAUUCUGACUGUCCAGGAGCUAAUCUAACCGUUCUAUUGUGUGGAUGACCACAUAAAAAGGAAAUUUUAGUGUAUUAAUCAUAGAUUAUUAUAAACUAUAAACUUAAGGGCAAGGAGUUUAUUACAGUGUAUCUUUAUUAAAACAAAAGGGUGUAUAGUGUUCACAAACUGUGAAAAUAGUGUAAGAACUGUACAUUGUGAGCUCUGGUUAUUUUUCUCUUGUACCAUAGAAAAAUGUAUAAAAAUUAUCAAAAAGCUAAUGUGCAGGGAUAUUGCCUUAUUUGUCUGUAAAAAUGGAGCUCAGUAACAUAACUGCUUCUUGGAGCUUUGGAAUAUUUUAUCCUGUAUUCUUGUUUGAAUUCCUCCUCUAUUUAAGAUAUAUACAUGGAAUAUACAUGGAAUCGAAGUGUUUAUGUAAUAGUUCUAUCCUUUUGCCUGCAGGUCAGUUGUAAUAAAUCUAGGAUGUGAUGAUGACUUUGUAAUUUGGUUUUCUGAAGUAAGACCCUGAGAGGGGAAAAUUAAGUAAAUUCCAUUAAAUUAUCUGUGCAUUUCA